UGCGUGAGAGCGGACGCGCGCCGCGGCGGCGGCGGCGGCGGCGGCGAGGACGGCGGCGACGGCGGCGGCCGAGGGGGCGGUGGCUACGAGGGGCGUGCGGAGCAGGCGGAAGAGGCGUCCGUACGGGCGGCUAGGUCGCAGAGGAUCAUCGUUGGGAUCAACGACUAUCACCUGUUCUACAAAAUGAGUAACAGCCACCCUCUUCGCCCCUUUACUGCAGUGGGGGAAAUUGAUCAUGUGCACAUUUUGUCUGAACAUAUUGGUGCCUUGCUGAUUGGGGAGGAAUAUGGCGACGUCACAUUCGUUGUGGAAAAGAAACGUUUUCCUGCCCACAGGGUAAUUUUAGCAGCGAGGUGCCAAUAUUUUCGAGCAUUACUGUAUGGUGGGAUGCGAGAAUCUCAGCCCGAAGCAGAAAUCCCUCUCCAAGACACCACCGCAGAAGCAUUCACCAUGCUGCUUAAAUACAUCUACACUGGGCGGGCAACACUGACAGAUGAGAAGGAGGAGGUGUUGCUGGACUUUCUGAGCCUGGCUCAUAAAUAUGGAUUUCCAGAGCUGGAGGAUUCUACCUCUGAGUAUCUCUGUACCAUACUUAACAUUCAGAAUGUCUGCAUGACUUUUGAUGUUGCCAGCCUCUACUCACUUCCCAAGUUAACUUGCAUGUGCUGCAUGUUUAUGGACAGAAAUGCUCAGGAGGUGCUCUCCAGUGAAGGCUUCCUCUCCCUUUCUAAGACAGCACUUUUAAACAUCGUAUUAAGAGAUUCAUUUGCAGCUCCCGAGAAAGAUAUUUUCCUAGCCUUGUUAAAUUGGUGUAAGCACAAUUCAAAGGAGAAUCAUGCUGAAAUCAUGCAGGCUGUGCGUUUGCCUCUGAUGAGCCUCACUGAACUUCUGAACGUUGUGAGGCCUUCAGGACUGUUGUCUCCCGAUGCCAUUCUGGAUGCUAUUAAAGUUCGAUCAGAGAGCCGGGAUAUGGACCUCAAUUACAGAGGCAUGCUCAUCCCAGAAGAAAAUAUUGCAACCAUGAAGUAUGGAGCCCAGGUUGUAAAAGGGGAGCUGAAGUCUGCCUUAUUAGACGGCGAUACUCAAAACUACGAUUUGGAUCAUGGAUUUUCUAGGCACCCAAUUGAUGAUGACUGCCGUUCUGGCAUUGAGAUUAAGCUAGGUCAACCAUCUAUCAUCAAUCACAUACGGAUACUCCUGUGGGACCGAGAUAGCCGGUCUUACUCAUACUUCAUUGAAGUGUCAAUGGAUGAACUUGAUUGGAUUAGAGUGAUUGACCAUUCGCAGUAUCUAUGUCGUUCUUGGCAAAAGUUGUAUUUUCCAGCCCGUGUCUGCAGGUAUAUUCGAAUAGUUGGAACUCACAACACAGUGAACAAGAUUUUUCACAUUGUGGCUUUUGAAUGCAUGUUUACAAACAAAACCUUCACUCUUGAGAAGGGGCUGAUAGUUCCCAUGGAGAACGUUGCAACAAUUGCAGAUUGCGCCAGUGUGAUUGAAGGAGUCAGUCGGAGCCGAAAUGCCUUGCUGAAUGGCGACACCAAGAAUUACGACUGGGAUUCUGGCUAUACGUGUCACCAGCUAGGAAGUGGUGCGAUUGUGGUUCAGCUGGCACAGCCAUACAUGAUCGGGUCCAUACGGUUACUACUUUGGGACUGUGAUGAUCGAAGCUACAGCUACUAUGUUGAGGUCUCCACCAACCAGCAACAGUGGACCAUGGUGGCCGACAGAACGAAAGUCUCCUGCAAGUCCUGGCAGUCUGUAACUUUUGAGAGACAGCCCGCCUCCUUCAUCCGAAUCGUGGGAACACACAACACAGCAAAUGAGGUGUUCCACUGCGUCCACUUUGAGUGUCCGGAGCAGCAGAGCAGCCAGAAGGAGGAAAGCAGCGAGGAGUCAGGGCCUGGGGAGCCCAGCCUGGCGGGUCCGCAGCUCGACCCCCACGCCCUGCAGGCCCCAGGAGGCAGCUCCCUGCCUUCCAGCCCCGGCUCUGCCUCUCGCUCGCCCAACCGACAGCACCAGUAAAGGGGGCGCGGACAUGGAGGCAUGCGGUGGGCCCUGAGGGCAGGGGCCAGGACUGGCAUCCUCCCGGGAGGGAUCUCCGUCUCCAGCCCCUCUCCCCUCCUGGGAGGAGCAGACGGCGCUGGCAAAAUGGACACAGGACAGGCUUUCUCCCAAGGACAGAAAGGGGCCACGUUGUUCUCCUCUCAAUUUGUUCAAAUCAGGCUGGUCUCCAGGGGGAGAAAAUGGGUCUUCAAUCUUCAUCAAGUCCACCAUUAACACCCUACCUCUCUAAUCUAACCCGGGCAAAGAGGCCGCGGUGGACGGGCCGGUGUCGGAAUGCUGCGACGGCACCAAGCUCGGGAGAACCCAUCAGGCCUUUAUUACCUCCAGGCACCCUUUCGGAAGUGGGUUUCCAUAGAGUGUUUGCUUUUCUGGAACACAUUGCCCUGGCAACUAAAUGAUUUUUUCUUUCUUUUAGUUAUUGUCCAUUUGCUGAAUCAUAGGUGUUCCAGAUCUUUUUGAAAUGCUCAAACAGCAAAUCAUUUGUUGUAUUCCCUUUUGACGCUGUAAUUUUCCUUCCUUAGUUUUGAACGGUUAGGCCUGGGGUGGAGCAGAGAAAAGCUGUGUACAGCUCCUGAAUGAGGCACAGAUGCAGCUCGUCAUGGCACCGGGGCUGACAAGGAAAAUCCUCUGAGGAAGUUCAAAAAAAUACACAAUGAGCAAAUCAA